GCAACUGAGACGAGCAAAGCACUCGCCCACCACGUCGUUGCUCACGUUUUCUCUGCGUCAUCUACGGGUAUUGCGUGUGAGGCCACUACAAUACCGCUCCGUGACCAUGGCCGCUCCUCAGGAUACACAGGGUACUCUCAAGAUUGAGAAUACCGACAAGCGUGACACCCUGAUUGCUACCGAGAAGAAGUACCAGCAAAAGUGGAAGCAAGAUGGCAUCUUCGAACAGAAUGCCCCCUCGCUCGAAGAGGUUCCUUUCCACUCAAUCACCCCCGCCGAGCUCCGCGAACAACAGCCCAAGUUCUUCGGUACCAUGGCAUACCCUUACAUGAACGGAAUCUUGCAUGCCGGCCAUGCUUUCACCGCCUCAAAGGUCGAAUUCGCUACUGGUUUCGCCCGCAUGGAGGGCAAGAGAGCCCUCUUUCCCCAAGGUUACCACUGCACUGGUAUGCCCAUCAAGUCUUGCGCCGACAAGCUGGCCCGUGAGAUGGAAAUGUUUGGCAAGAACUUCGAGAAUUACAACGAGGAGGAAGACGAAGAAGAAUCCGUGCCCGCACCCACACAGGAGACCACCAAGGCCGACAUCACAAAGUUCGGCGCAAAGAAGAGCAAGGCCGCUGCCAAGGCUGUGUCCAUGAAAUACCAAUUCCAGAUUAUGGGUGCCCUCGGCCUCGAAAAGGAGGAGAUUCACAAGUUCGCCGACCCCAACCACUGGCUCGAGCACUUCCCUCCUCUCUGCGAGCGCGACCUCACAAACAUCGGAGCCAGAGUGGACUGGAGAAGAUCAAUGGUCACCACUGAUGCCAACCCCUACUACGAUGCCUUUGUCCGCUGGCAAAUGAAUCGUCUCAAGGACCUGGGCAAGAUCAAGUUCGGCAAGAGGUUCACAGUGUACAGUCCCAAGGAUAAAGGGGCCUGUAUGGACCACGAUAGAAGCGCCGGUGAGGGCGUCGGUGUGCAAGAAUACACUGCCCUGAAGAUGAAGGUACAAGAGUGGGCUGAGCCGGCACAAAAGAUCCUCGCAGGCAAGCUUCCCGAAAACGCCAACGUCUACUUUGUCCCGGCCACUCUUCGUCCUGAGACUAUGUACGGUCAAACCUCCUGCUUCGUCGGUCCCAAGAUCACGUAUGGCGUCUAUAAGAUUUCAGAGAACGAAUACUACUUCGUCUCCGAUAGAGCUGCUCGCAACAUGGCUUUCCAGGGUAUCUUCUCAGAGUGGGGCGCCUUCCCAAAGGUCGCCGACCUCCAGGGCGCUGAGGUUAUAGGCACUAUCGUCAACGCUCCUCUUUCCGUUCACGAGAACGUUCGAAUUCUGCCCAUGGAGACUGUCAAGGCCACAAAGGGUACUGGCGUUGUCACCUGUGUGCCUUCGGACUCUCCUGACGAUUGGAUCACAACUCAGGACUUGAUCAAGAAGGCAGAAUACUACGGCAUCAAGAAGGAGUGGGCUGAGUUUGAGCCUGUUCCCAUUAUCGACACACCUACGUACGGAAAUCUUACUGCCAAGAAGUUGGUCGAGGACAUGAAGAUUGCCUCACCCAAAGACACUAAGCAGCUUGCCGAAGCCAAGGAUCUUGCUUACAAGGAGGGCUUCUACAAGGGUACCAUGUGCUAUGGUGAGCAUAAGGGCAAGUCGGUUGAGGAGGCCAAGCCCCUUGUCAGACAGACUCUCAUCGAUGCUGGCCACGCGUUCAACUACGCUGAGCCCGACGGCGAAGUCAUUUCCCGCUCCGGAGAUGCAUGUGUUGCUGCGCAUCUUGACCAGUGGUACCUCAACUACGGAAAGAGCGGUGAUGAAGCCUGGCAACAGGAAGUUCUUGGUCACCUCAAUGGCGAGCUCAACACAUUCUCUACUGAGGCCAAGAACGCCUUUGAGCAGACUCUCGACUGGCUCGGUCAAUGGGCUUGCGCUCGUUCUUUCGGUCUCGGCUCCAGGCUUCCAUGGGACAAACAAUUCUUGGUCGAGUCUCUCAGCGACUCGACGGUAUACAUGUCGUACUACACUGUAGCCAGUCAUCUACAUUCGGACAUUUUCGGCAAGACCCCGGGUAUCGCCAAGGUUACACCUGAGCAGAUGACCGACGAAGUCUGGGACUACAUCUUCACUCGCAGCGACGAUGUAGAGAGUGACAUUCCCAAGGAGAAGCUUCAAGCCAUGCGCAGAGAGUUCGAGUACUGGUACCCCCUCGACAUCCGUGUCUCCGGAAAGGAUCUCAUCCAGAACCACUUGACCUUCUUCCUGUACUGCCAUGUCGCCCUCUUCCCUCGCGAAUACUGGCCCCGUGGCAUUAGGGCCAACGGUCACCUGCUUCUCAAUGGCAGUAAAAUGUCGAAAUCCACCGGUAACUUCUUAACCCUCUACGAUGCCACCAAGAAGUUUGGUGCAGACGCUACCCGUGUCUCUCUUGCCGAUGCUGGCGAUUCGAUCGAAGACGCCAACUUCGAAGAGAGUGUGGCCAACGCUAUCAUUCUCAAGCUCUUCGAGUUGAGAAAGUGGUGCGAAGAGACCAUCAGAGACGCUCGCGUGCUCAAGGAUGGCGAGAGUUACGUCGAGGUCAACAAGAACGAGCGCCUGAAGAACAACGACUCUGUACAGCGUACUGGCGAGAGAAACUUCUGGGACAAUGUCUUCGAGAACGAGUUGAAUGGCUUGGUAACUGAGACAAGAGAACAUUACGCUGCCACCAACUACAAGUCCGCUCUGAAGUCUGGCUUCUACGACUUCACCAGCGCUCGUGACUUCUACCGUGAGAUCACCAAAUCUUCCGGUAUCGGCAUGCACCAGGACCUUGUCCGCAAGUACGUCGAGCUCCAGGCCUUGAUGAUCACUGUCACCGCUCCUCAUUGGGCCGAGUACGUUUGGCUCGAGGUUCUCGGCAAGCCUACCACUGUCCAGAACGAGCUCUUCCCUCAAGUUCCUGCCGUCAAGCCCGAGCUGACCGCCGCUCGCGAGUACGUCCGCCAGACCAGUGGUAACAUCACCUCUGCCGAGGGUGCCCAGUUGAAGCGUAUGGCCAAGGGCAAGGCCACCAACUACGACCCCAAGCAACCCAAGAAGCUCACCAUCUUUGUGGCUUCCGAGUAUCCUGCUUGGCAAUCCAAGGUCAUCGACUUGGUCCGUGAGGCUUUCGAUGGCUUGACCAUUGAUAUGAAGGCCGUCAGCAAAAAGGUCGACAAGGCCGACAGCAAGAAGGCCAUGCCCUUCAUCCAAGUCCUUAAGAAGAGUCUCGAGAGUGGCAUUGACGCCAACACCGUCUUUGAGCGCAAGCUCGCUUACAACGAGGUCGACGUUCUCACUCAAAUGGUUCCCGGUUUGAUGAGCACAGUGCAAAGAUGCGCCUCUGUUGAAGUCAUCUCUGUCGAGCAAGGUGGCAAGACUGGCAAGGUUGUGUGCAGCAUUGGCGAGGCCGGUGCUGCCAAGGGUGAGGAGAAGUCUGACUUGCCUCCUCAGGCUGAGAAUGCCGUUCCUGCUAACCCUACUUUCUUCUUCUCGAACAUCUAGAGCAUGUGUGUGCGAUUGGCCAAGUGUAUGGAGUUUUUCCAAAAAAGCGAAAAAAGUUGUUCAAUGUUCCUUCUCGAUAUCGUCGCUUUCCUUGUGCUUCUUUCUGUGAUUGCGGGCUUCUUCGUUACUUCCUCCUCUUGCGUGCCUUGCUAGAUCCAUCGUGCCUUCCCGCUUGAUCAUGGCCGUUCUUAUACUUUCCCGUGCGAGCAGCUGCAUAUCUUAGUGCUGCUUCCCCGGUCUUGAGAUCGCCACUUUCAUCUUUUUCCAUGGUUGUACCUGCCGUGUCCACUCAGACAUACCCGGUUAUGGCUCUCCAGCUCAGGGCUCUCCACGUCGAAUUUUUUCCUGUCAAAAAAUGCAUGAUGGAAUCAACCACCUGGAGCUAGCUCCUCUCUGUCGAGACAUGAAUGAUCAACAUCCUUUCUAUAUCGCUG